AUGCUGUGGGUGCUUUUGCUGACCCUCCCCUACAUGAGGGGCUCCGUGCCUGUGACCCCAGCUCCAAGCCCAGAAAUUGAGCUUGUGGGCAUCGUGGGAGGACAUGAUGCCCCCACCGGGAAGUGGCCAUGGCUGGCCAGCCUGUGGAUCCACAACCCAGAGAAUGAGUGGAUGCUUGAAUGUGGGGGCUCCCUCAUCCACCACCAGUGGGUGCUGACUGCCGCCCACUGUGUUAAAAAGGGAAGACUGGAGCCUCGGCAAUUUGGGGUCCAAGUGGGACAAGUGAAAUCCUCUGAGAGUGACAUUCUUCAGAAGGUGACUGAGGUCAUCGUCCACCCCAACUACAAUCCUAUGCUGAAAGGAGCAGGUGGAGGAGACGUGGCACUUCUCAAACUGGCAGCUCCCGUGAUGCUGUCUGAUCGAGUCAACCUGGUCGCCCUCUCUCAUCCAGAACUCAGGGUCCCUGCAGGCACGAUGUGCUGGGUGACCGGCUGGGGUGACAUCAGAUUUGAUGUGCCCCUGCCCACGCCCUACCAUCUGCAGGAGGUGGAGGUCCCCAUAGUGGAGGAUGCCAUGUGUAGGCGGCAAUAUGGCAAGGUCAAUAAGGUCAUCAAGGAAGACAUGCUGUGUGCUGGGAGCCCAGGCUGGGACUCUUGCCAGGGAGACUCUGGGGGCCCCCUGGUCUGUAACUUGAGGGGCAGCUGGUUCCAGGUAGGGGUAGUGAGUUGGGGCCAACGCUGUGGUCUUCAAGGAUGCCCUGGAGUCUGUGCCCGAGUGACCUUCUACUCCAAAUGGAUCCACCACCAUAUCUCUUCAUCUCCUUGA